AUGUCCAGGUCCCCUUCCAAAGGAGUGGGAAUCACGGAGAUAACGGAGCGAGCUGUAAUGCCAGUUCCAGCGACUGUGAGCGUAGCGCAAGCCGUCCCUCAGACGCUUACGUCAACACCCAGCAUCGGUGGAGCUACUGCAGCAGAGGACUUGGCCCCCUCAACAUCCCAGAUGAAUAGGAAGAAGAUCUCCGACCUCAACAGUGUGCCGUCCCAAUAUGCACCAGCAAGAACACCGCCUGUUUCGCCGUCUAGGCCACUAGACCUGUCGGCCUACAAAAACGAGGAUCUGAGCAGCAUCCUGGGCAUGAUGAACUCGAAAAUAGCGGUAUUGCUAUCAGCUUUCGAGACGCAGCGCCACGUUACCCGGGAAACCAAGGGUACGCAUAAGGUGAACGAGCCUGUUCCGCCCAGCUUUGCGUCCGUUGCCAAAAAGGGUAACAAAAAUUCGGAGUGGACCAAGGUGGCACCUAAGCGACUAUGGAAAAAACCGGAGGCCAUCAUAAUCAAGAAGACUGGAGAGGCCUCGUACACGGACAUGCUCCGUAAACUUAAAGCAGACCCGUGCCAGUCACAACUGGGCAGCCACGUUAAAAAAAUCAGGAGGACCCAACAAGGAGAGCUGUUGCUCGAAGUGGAGGGGAAAGCUGCUGCAAGCAUGUCCGAAUACAGGGGAGCUAUCGAAGAAUCCCUUCGGGAAAUGGCUGCGGUCCGCACGGGCGCGCGGAGAAUGGCGUUAACCUGCAGUGGCAUGGAUGAGGCGACGACUGCAAUGCAGCUUUAUAGCUGUAUGGCCUCCCAAUUCGAAGGGAUCCAGCUGAAUUCAGAAGAUGUGCGUUGGUUGUGCAAAAUGAGAGAUGGGACCCAAGUGGCGACGGUUACGCUCAGCGUUAUCGACGCAAUUGGCGUCCUGAAUAAGGGGUCAGUAAAUGUUGGCUGGUCUCGCUGUCGCAUCAUCCAGGACACACGCCCCAUAAGAUGCUAUAAGUGCCUGGGCUACGGCCACAGGGCACUCAACUGCAAGGAGCCUGAUCGCUCGAACUGCUGUCUCCGGUGCGGCGAACAAGGUCACAAAGCGAAAGGCUGUGUCAACCCGCCGAAUUGCCUGAUCUGCAACAGCGACACAGACAGGAAUCACCCGACAGCUGCACAGAGCCUUCUGUCCCAAACAGCGAUAGAGCGCAAUGCUGACGUCAUGCUACUAAGUGAACCGUACGUCCCUGGUGUGGAAAAUGCAGAAGCUCUUUUCGACUCUACUCGUAAGGCGGCAGUCAUAUGCUGCAGAAACCUCUACAUAGAGGACCAGGAAAGUGUGCCAAUGCGCGGCAUUGCGUACGCUAAAGUGAAGGGUGUACACCUAUACAGCUGCUAUGCCCCGCCAAGUGACAGCCCGGACCUGUUCGAGGACUUUUUAGACAACCUGAUACACCACGCCGGUGACUUCAACGCCUGGGAAAUAGAAUGGGGAAGCCGGACAUCUAACCCCCGAGGUAGGGCCGUUAUCGAUGCCAUGAACCAGCUGGAUCUGGUGCUGCUGAACGAUGGUGGCAAGCCCACGUUUAACAACGACAGAGGUACAUCAUUCAUCGACGUCACUUUUGUUAACCGAAGUCUACCCUCCACUGCAAAUUGGAUGGUUCAGGAGGACGUAACUCUGAGCGAUCAUGCCCUAAUUACAUUCAGCGCCCGCUCGUCGUGCAUUACACAACGACAUGCAAGGAGCACCCUUGGGCAAGCAUGGGACAUCAGAAAGCUGGACAAGGACAUGCUGGCCUUUAGCAUCGAGCAAAUGGAGCAAACAACUGGGCAUGCGGAAUCCAUGGUGGCGUCGCUCAUGAAGAUGCUGGAAGCUGCAUGCGAUGCAGCGAUGCCGCGAAAGAAGAAAAAUGGCAAACGCAAACCUCCGGUCUACUGGUGGAACGGCUCCCUCAACCACCUACGCUCGGAAUGCUUCAGGGCAAGGAGACAGGCGCAACGAGCCAGAGGACUUCCUUAG